ACACGGCUCAUGUCUUCAUUACGUCACGACGUUCCUGGGCACGCUUGGGAACUAGCUAGAAAAUAAACAAAAGACGAAACGAGAGAGGUAGCCUUCCCAUCUAUGCUGGUAAAACUUACAAAAUAAAGUACGAAUACGAAUAUUUUGCAGCUACACAUUAUAUUUAGCAGUAGGGGCUCUGAGUAGCCAUGGAAAGCACAUUAUCGGUACGAGUGAGUGUAUUCUCAGACCAGGGAGGUAGAAAAUAUAUGGAAGAUGUAACCGAUGUUGUAGUGGAGCAAGAGCCCAGUGACUAUGAGCUCGGAACCGCGGGGACUAAAGUGAACGUCUGUGACUAUGCCAGUUACACGCAAGAACACAAGCUUCAAGACCGGACUCCGGGGGGUGUGACUGGUUGUCCUUUGCCCGCCACUAUUUCAUGGACGCAAAACGAAGAACACAAAAGUAGUUGCAUAGAUGCAGCAAAACCGAUGCUGGACGGAGAGCACACGGCCAAUGCUCGACCUCGGAGGUCUGUGGCUUUCUUCGCCGUGUUUGAUGGCCACGGGGGCCGAGAAGCGGCGCUUUUCGCUCGGAAUCAUCUAUGGGAGUUCAUUAAGAAACAACGAGGAUUUUGGUCCAAGGAUUACGAAGAAGUAUGCGCAGCAAUCCGUAAAGGAUUCGUUGCUUGCCACCAUGCAAUGUGGAAAAAGCUGCCGGAGUGGCCCAAGACCUUCAUGGGACUCCCCAGCACGUCAGGCACCACGGCCAGUGUGGUUGUGAUCCGGGGGGACUGCAUGUUCGUGGCCCACGUCGGGGACUCCGCGGUGGUGCUGGGGGUGCGGGACCCCCCCGCUAAACGCUCGAUCCAGGCCGUGGAGGUCACGCAGGACCACAAGCCCGAGCUUCCCAAGGAGAGGCAUCGCAUCGAGGGCCUGGGCGGCAGUGUGAUGAAGAAGUCGGGGGUGAACCGUGUGGUUUGGAAGAGACCCAGGCUGACCCAUAACGGUCCGGUCAGGAGGAGCACCGUCAUCGACCAGAUCCCCUUCCUUGCCGUGGCUCGAGCACUAGGGGACCUGUGGAGCUACGACUUCUACAGCGGGGAGUUUGUGGUGUCCCCGGAGCCCGACACCAGCGUGGUCCGGCUGGACCCCAGAAAGCACCGCUACGUGAUCCUGGCCAGCGACGGGCUGUGGAACAUGGUGCCGCCGCAGGUGGCUGUGACCAUGUGCCAGGACCACGACCAAGCCCUGGCGCCCUUUGGCGUGUCCUGCGCCCGUCACCUGGUGACCCACGCCCUGCUGCGUUGGCGUCGGCGGAUGCUCCGGGCGGAUAACACCAGCGUCAUCGUCGUCUCUCUGCAGGAGGCAGGGGGCCCGCCGAUGCCCGUGCACCACGACGAGCUGAUGUUCAACCUCGCCGAGGGGCCCCAGUACGGCAUGGCCAGCGGGACACGCUCCAGCACCCCGCUCAUAGAGACUCCGGAUCUGGAGCUGUCCUGCCCGGGGGGUGAGCGGCUCCCCCCGCUGGAGCGGCAGAACUGUCUGUUCGGGGCCAGCUCGUGGGAGCUCUCGGACCCCCUCGCUCACGGCGGUUUGAGCACUCAGCUGAGCGAGGGCGGGCCCCUGCCCCGCUGCAAACGGACCCUGGAGAGCUCGCAGAGCUCCGGGCUGGCGGGAAAGAGACCGCGUCGAGGCCUCGCCUCUCCUGCCACGCCCCGCCGCAGGAACGCCGAGCGGCUGUCCGUGCGCCGCAGCGGGAGGGGCCACAAGCCCACCCCCAACGUCCCCGCCCUCCUGCAGCAGCACAGAAAAGCGACCGUGUGCGCGUGCUAAAGGUUCCCUCCGACUCACCGUGUGCGCGUGCUAAAGGUUCCGUCUCACUCUCCGUGCGCGCGUGCUGAAGGUUCCCUCUCACUCACUGUGUGCGCACGCUAAAGGUUCCCUCUCACUCACUGUGUGUGCACAUGCUAAAGGUUCCCUCUCACUCACUGUUUGUGCACGUGCUAAAGGUUCCCUCUCAUUUACUGUGUGCGCGUGCUAAAGGUUCCCUCUCACUCACUGUGUGUGCACAUGCUAAAGGUUCCCUCUCACUCACUGUGUGCACAUGCUAAAGGUUCCCUCUCACUCACUGUGUGCACAUGCUAAAGGUUCCCUCUCAUUCACUGUGUGCGCAUGCUAAAGGUUCCCUCUCAUUCACUGUGUGCAUGUGCUAAAGGUUCCCUCUCACUCACUGUGUGCAUGUGCUAAAGGUUCCCUCUCACUCACUGUGUGCAUGUGCUAAAGGUUCCCUCUCACCUACUGAGCGUAGACUCCCUCCGUAUGUGUGUGCUAUAGACUCCCUCCGUAAGCAUGUGUUAUAGGCUCUGGCUGUAUGUGUGUGUUAUAGGCUCUGGUUGUAUGCGUGUGCUAUAGACUCCACAAUGUGAGCCGCUGUUUGUUUCCCCCUUCCUGCUCAUGGUCACAAGUUAGAAUUGUACAUUAUAACAUCCAGAAUGCAUUUAAAACAUGUUGCCUUUGGUGCACCACUGUUUUUCAUAUGUUGUCUUUAUACCUUUGUAAGGCAUUGUGAUAAUUUUAGAUUUUAUUUAAUGUAAAAAAGUGAUAAUUGUGAGUAAGUCUUCAGUCCUGGCAGAUGACUAGUCGUUUACAACAUCCUGUUUUCUUAAACUGUGGGUAUGAAAUCUUUGAACUAUUUUGUCUUUAUUUCUGAGUGAAAAUUUUACACUAGCAUGUAAAUAUUUCAUUCAUAAAAAAAGGAUAAUACAUUUAUUAGAAAAUACCCAAACUAUACACUGAGUGAGCAAUAUAUAUUUUUAUAUUUAUAUAUUUUAAUAUUUCAAAAGUUCAAUGGAUGCACCAGUUCAACUCUGGAUCAUGAUCUCAGCAAGUUGAUAGAGAUUGUCCCUAUCUAAUAUACAUUAAGUAAUUAAUCCCAGAGCUGCACAAAUAAUGUAUUUUGAUAAUGUGUACAACUGUCAGCAUUAUGUAAUGUAAAUUUUUGUCAGUGGAGUAUAUUGCACAUCCAUCCUCAAAUGAAGGUGCUGCUUUUUAAUCAGUGACACAUUGUCAUACCACAGAGGUGAUGGUUGUGCUGACUCAAAGGCCACGAAGCCUUUCGUGGGAUCUAAGAUAAGAUACUAUGCCUUUAUUGUCAAUUACCUUAAAAUCCAGCCAUUAUCAUAUAAAGGAGAGGGCAGCAGGUAUCAUUGACACUCUUCCACCCAUUUCCUAGAAUGCCCCCAGCCCUGGAUGUGUGGAUAGAACCUGGACAGUAGAGGGUUGGGUGUCCUAGGGUGAAGGUUAAGAGGAAUGUGCAGUGCUUCUAAGAAAGAUUUGUCAGUGUUGGGAGCACUCCUCUUCACUGUGGUCAACCAGCGGAGCUAUUCAUUCAGAGUUCACUGCAUUGUCCUCACAGGGGAACUGGUACUCUGGACACUAUGUCUUCCUCGCUCCUCUUGCUGUUUCUUUUCUGUUAACCAGCAAGCACCUUGUGUGACCCCUAGUGGGGAAAUAGGGAUACUACACCAUCGUUUCUGGAGACGGACGGAAGGUUGCAGGCCCAGCGUGGGGCAGGAGUUCUAGCAUUCCAAUUAAAUUAGCAAUUUUCAUUUUUGGUUUGUUUUGAUUUUGUGUUUGUAAUGAUGUCAUUAUGUUCUGUGUGAGGAUGGAGGGGAAAGUAUGAAAUGUGAAAUGUACAUCAGAUGUAGGUGAACCAGACAGUUUGCCUGAAUAUACUAACCAUGUUGAAUAGAUGUGUUAAAUUAAUGAAAUAACAGCUUCUGGAGCACUGAAAUUUUGAUAUCUUCAGACAGGCCAUUUUGAGAAGCUAAAUCUUAAAUGCAACAUUUAUUUUAUGCCUUAUUUCCUGCUCCACAGGCUUGUUAAAUGUUAGGUUUUAAUAAAGUGGAAGUUUGAUCAGAAUGUCCCAUUCUGGAUGCAAUAAGAUAGGGAGCGGUCUGUUCCAGUGGAUAUAGGAACGUGAACAAAAACACAUAUCUUGUAAAUCGGUGUUAAGUGAUGCUUGCAUAUGAAACCUAUAAUCAAUACCGUAUAGGAAUGUGAAUGUGCCUCUUGAUGAACUGGUGUUUUCGAUCAUUUUAAUUGGUAAAAAUAUGCAUCUUCCUUGAAAAGUUAUCCAGAUGGAUACAUGUUAUAAUAUUUAUCUGUCACUUGUUAAAUGUUUUAUUAGUUACAGAAAACGGAUGUCUGGUUUUUAAGACCAAAGUGCAAUUUGACAGUUGUAUUUAUUCUUUUCUUUCAUUUAUAUAUUUUGUAACAAAGUGACAUUGCACACAAAAAAACUAAACAAUUAGGAUUUGUAUUUCAGGGAUUUUCAGCAUGCACAAUCUUGUUUUGUUUGUUUUGAGAAGGUUGUUUUUAGUAGUUUUAGAGGUUUUGUGAUGGAUUGAGUCAUUGGCACAAUUGUGGGUUUGUGAUAUUCUUGCCAUUGUGGCCCAGCGUUUGCGAUAUGUACCAAUAAUUUGUGCUUGGUGUACAGUCUCAGUGUUGAAAAUCAUCACGCUCUGAAUUUGACUGGAUAUCAGUAUGUUCAAUAAACAGAUGUUUUCUCUUCA